AUACAGUUCACCCGCCUGUAAUGAGGAGAAAUGUAAUCUGUUAUUUAAAAAGAGUUUUCGGUUAACUAACUCGUGCAAUGCAGCCCACUUCUGACUGUACUAACGUGAGCUCAGCGCUGAACUUGAGUUGUACUGGUUCCGGUUUUCACGUUCUACUGGGUGUAACUGGUAGUGUUGCAGCACUGAAGUUGCCUUUGUUGGUGACGCAACUUCUUGAAAUCCCUGGGAUUGAAGUACGGGUAGUCACCACAGACCAUGCCACCCAUUUUUACAAAGUUGCUGAGGUUCCUGUCCGUGUCUACACAGACAACGAUGAGUGGGAGAUGUGGAAAACACGCUCUGACCCUGUGCUACACAUAGAGCUGAGACGGUGGGCCGACCUGCUAGUCAUUGCGCCAUUGGAUGCGAACACACUCGGCAAGAUAGCCAGUGGUAUUUGUGACAAUCUUCUGACAUGCAUUGUAAGAGCGUGGGAUAUGAGUCGUCCUCUACUGUUUUGUCCUGCCAUGAACACAGCCAUGUGGCAGCAUCCGAUCACUGCCCAGCAAGUAGCCACACUUCAGGGCUUCGGCUAUGUGGAGAUCCCCUGCAUUUCUAAGAAGCUGGUCUGUGGAGAUGAAGGCAAAGGUGCAAUGGCAGAGGUGUCAACUAUUGUAGAUGCCAUCCAACAGUAUCUUCCAAGACCAGCUGUUUAAAUCACAACACACGUGGAUGAACGCUGAAGUUGUAAUAUAUGAUGCUAUGAAAAUAUAAAUAAAUAUAUAUAUACACUCACACAUACAUACACACACAAACAUUAUGUGAGAGCGAGAGAGCACUAAUCCAAAUUAAAUCUUUUUUAGAAA